UCAGCCUCUCUGGUCCUGGUUUAUCAUAUCGAUUUAUUUAUUUAUUUAUAAAUUUCUUUCUCUGUUUUACGGACUGGAACAUCUGAGCGCGUAAUUUAUGGGGGUUAUUAAAGAGCCUGUGCACGAGUGGUAGUGUGUUGUCACUCGAGCUUUCAAACUGAAACGACUGAAUCUUAGAGAUUUCGAGAGAUCGGAUCCAUUCUUUUCCUCGUUUAUUUGGUUUCCGUCGAGUUUUGGUGGUUUUAAGCAUGUCGGUGCUGCAUUUGGUUAUUUAAGCUGAGUGGAGUGGAUGAGUGGACUUGGUGGUAGCAGAACCAACCGCGCAAACAAGAACAAAGAAAGCAGGAUCUUCGAGGCCCUUCCAUCUAUCGCGAGCUUAGACCAUCGAUUUAGGGGCGCAAAUACAAUAGGGAACAACUGGUGAGACCAAAAAUGCUGACGUGCAUCGCUUGUUCCAAGCAGCUUGGCGGUGGAUCGCUUCACGAACCAGAGGACGACGAUACCAUUGGCACGCCGAGCACUAAGCAAGCUAUUAAAACUCUCACCGCCCAGAUCAAGGACGUGGCGCUUAAGGCGUCGGGGGCAUACCGACAUUGCAAGCCGUGUUCGGGAGCGUCGGGGCAUCAUCAACACCAGAACUAUGCGGAGUCCGAGUUGACCUCGGCGUCGGAGAGAUAUCACUGCUCUUACCGUCGGACGGGGACGUUUAGCUCGAGCUCUACACCGAGGAUGUGGGGGAAAGAGAUGGAAGCAAGGUUGAAGGGGCUUUCGAGCGGCGAAGGAACCCCGCCGUCGAUGAGCGGACGAACCGAGUCAGUUGUGUUCAUGGAAGAAACAGAGCCCAAGGAGUGGGUCGCACAGGUCGAACCAGGUGUUCUCAUCACUUUCGUUUCGCUGCCUCGGGGAGGCAACGAUCUCAAGCGGAUCCGCUUCAGCCGGGAGAUGUUCAACAAAUGGCAAGCUCAGAGGUGGUGGGCUGAGAAUUAUGACAAAGUCAUGGAGCUCUACAAUGUCCAGAGGUUCAACCGACAAGAUGUCCCGCUUCCAACACCCCCGAGAUCCGAAGACGAGAGCUUGAAGAUCGAAUCAGCUGAGGACAGCCCAGUUACACCUCCGUUGAACAAAGAGCGCUUACCCCGCAACUUUCACCGUCCCACGGGAAUGGGCUACUCAUCCUCGGAUUCACUUGAGCACCAUCCAAUGCAGUCUCGUCAUUACUAUGACUCGGGUGGCUUCACAUCAACACCAAAACUUUCAAGCAUCAGCGGACCCAAGACUGAAACAUCAUCAAUGGAUGCUUCUGUAAGGACGAGCUCGUCCAGGGAAGGUGACCGCUCUGGAGAGCUGUCUAUCAGUAAUGCUAGUGAUCAGGAGACCGAGUGGGUUGAGCAGGAUGAGCCUGGUGUUUAUAUUACUAUAAGAGCAUUGCCUGGUGGCACCAGGGAGCUGAGACGUGUCAGGUUCAGCCGAGAAAGGUUUGGGGAAAUGCACGCUAGGUUGUGGUGGGAAGAGAACCGAGCCAGAAUACACGAACAAUACCUGUAAUGUAGAUCUAUAUGCAAUACACGCGAGGUUGUGGUGGAACUAGAGGUAACGCGUUACUUGGAUGCAGUCUAUAUUCAAUUUUACUGACAGUAAUUUAGCGUGAUCUGGUUGAUAUGUAUUAAGGCACCAUUCACCAACAUCUUGAAAGACGCAAGGAAUUGCUUUGCAUCUGGUUUUCUUUACUCUCUUAAUUAUUCGUUUCGGUUGAAGAUUUCUAAUUGAGGGUUCUAUAUAUAUAUUUUUACUUGUUUGUAUUUUUCUUUUGAUUGUCGAGUGGAACAUACCAAUUUGGUACGUGGAGUACCGUUGCCGUAGGUAAUGGUGAGAGAUAAGAGAGGGUUUAGAUU